AUGGACGACGCUCUAGCUCAAAUUCUGCUGGAGGACGACAUCGAGCGGACGUUUCGAGAGCGCUCGGAUGCUUUCGAAGAACACGACCACGUCUUUUUCGGAAAGUAUAGAAUGACGAAGGCGCUCGCACACUGGCUAUGCGAGCAGCUGAGGCCAACUCUACAACCCCGAAGACAGACGCGAACCACAUUGUCCGUGGAGAAACAGGUCCUCAUCGCCCUGAGGUUCUACGCCACCGGUAGCUUUCAAGGAGCCGUUGGGAGCGACCGUGAUCUGUCGGUAACCCAGGGAUCUGUGAGCAGGAUUCUGUUCAAGGUCACAAACGCCAUCAUACACCGCCUUGCACCAUUGUGGAUCCGAUUUCCUCAAGAUCCUGCAGACGUCAGGGCUGCAAUGAGGGACUUCGAGCCCAAAUGGCAUAUGCCUGGCGUGAUUGGAUGCAUCGAUGGAACUCUGAUACCUAUCAUCGCUCCCUCCGAAAGCAGCGGCCGGUUACAAAAGAGUGCGUUUUUCAGCAAUUCUACGCACUCAACGCGAUGA